AUGGCCUCAUAUUCCAUACCUCGUCAUUUCGUACACACUUGGCUCUAUACUACAUCACACACUCGCGGAUUACGGAUACAACUCAUUCUCGCUAUUGUAUCUUGCCUUGCCUUGCCGUGCCUUGCCCUACUUACGAAUUGCCUACAUAUGCCCGGUGACAUAGGUAUGGUGGUGCCAUCAAUGUCCUUUCUCGGUACGCCGUUGAGGCUCACUUUAUUACAAAUUGGGCCAUGCAGUCAGUCAAUAGGUAUCAGCAGUUGUCUGGAUCAGUGGAUGCCCGCCCAUACGGCUACAACGUGCUGGGGUCCAUCGCCAUGUUCUCCCUGCCCUUGUGCCACCGGCCAUCACUGA